AUGAUCCGCACCGCGCUUGCUAGGCGUCUGUCUAUAUGCACUCGUGGCUCGAUCCGCCUUACUUGCUCUGGUCGCAUCGCACAGACCUUUUCGGCUUCGGCUUGCAUACGACACUCUUCUACAAGCACUGCUUGCCCACCCUCCUCCGCAGCCUGUUGGAGCAAGGAUAGCUCGAUACCGGAUCUGAUCAGCGAACUCGAGUCGCGCAAUCUGAUUGCGCAUGUGACCUCGCGCUCGCUCCGGUCUCACCUCUCGUCGGCACCUCGCAUCGUGUAUUCGGGCGUCGACCCGUCCGCCGACUCUCUGCACGUGGGGAAUCUACUGCCGCUGCUCACGCUGGCGCAUUUCGCACGUCACCGCCAUCAUCCCAUCGUACUCGUCGGCGGAGCAACCGGCAGCAUCGGCGAUCCGAGCGGAAGAAGCACAGAAAGGAAUGCACUCAGCAAAGACGUGUUGCAUCGUAAUGUUGCAGCCAUCACGCAGCAGGUUGGCAAGUUUUUCAAUCACGUUCAGGAGUACUAUGCAGAAUCCACCGGAGAAAGGUUUGCAGUAGAUAACCACACUGAGGACAAGGAGCGCGAGGCGAGCAGAUUGGGUAUGGGUAUUCGAAUGAUGAACAACUACGAGUGGAUGAAAGACGUUUCGCUGUUGGACUUUCUCGGAGGUGUGGGUAGACAUGCAAGGUUGACACAGAUGCUGGCAAGGGAUUCGGUCGCUUCGCGCCUAGCACCCGCUACUUCUACUGGCUCAUCCUCGGCUGCAAAUGGCGGUGGUGGCAUGUCGUACACUGAGUUCUCGUAUCAACUUCUUCAGGCGUAUGACUUCUCGUUCUUGCACACCCACCAUGCGUGUACGAUCCAGAUCGGCGGAUCUGACCAACUGGGAAACAUCACUGCUGGAAUCGACCUGAUACGACGCACCUCAUCCACAUCAUUGCUCACCGACCCCGCAUAUGGUCUCACUCUGCCGCUACUGACCACGUGCACCGGCGAAAAGUUUGGCAAAUCAGCGGGCAACGCCGUCUGGCUCUCUCGGUCGAAAACCUCGGAUUGGGCGUUGUACCAGUUCUUCGUACGCUCAUCCGACGCCGAUGUCGAGCGCUACCUUCUCUCGCUCACCCUGCUCGAACCACAGUUUGUCAAGUCGAUCAUGCAGGAGCACCAAGAAAACAAGAAACUCCGAAAGGCGCAGACCGUACUCGCCGAUCACAUGACGCGCUUAAUCAGAGGUACGCACGCCAUGCAACGCUGCAAGUUGCUCACCGAGCUCCUGUUCAGCCACACCAGAACACUCGGCGAUCCGCUCGAGUCUACGCGCAAAAUGCUUUCGCAACUAGACACAUCCAGUAUCGGUGACCAAGACGGGAUCGUGGCCAAGCUGCAUGACGAGCAGGUGGUCGGCGUCGACGUAACCAAGGUCGUAACAACAGCUGGCUUGGUCAAGAGCAGAGCCGAAGCAAAACGCCUCUUGAUCAGCGGCGGGCUCUACAUAAACAAUCGACAGGUUCAACAAGACGCCAACACUGUGGUAAGCGAGCAAGACCUGGUGCGCGCCAAGAGCGCAGGCGGAAGGAUAUGUUUGUUGAGGGCCGGAAAGUCGGCUGUCAAAGUGGUGUUUGUGCGUCAAACUUGA